AUGAUGCUGCUUCUAGUUCUUCUCCUACACGUUGUUGCAUCUGAAGUGGUUAGGAUCCCUCUUCAUCCGUUUAAGUCUGCUCAACGCACUCUUAUUGAGUUCGAAACUUCUUUAGAAAAUGUUAAGAAGCUCUGGUUAUCCAGGGUAUCUGGAGUUGAUCCCCAACCGGAAUACUUGAAAAACUUCCUUGAUGCUCAAUACUACGGUGACAUAACUAUUGGUACGCCACCUCAGACAUUCAGCGUUGUAUUUGAUACUGGUUCGUCUAAUCUUUGGGUACCGUCAAAAUACUGUAGCUACUUUGACAUUGCCUGCCUACUGCACAGGAAGUACGACAGUUCAAAGUCUUCCACUUAUGUCCCGAAUGGUACUGAGUUCAGUAUUCGUUACGGUACUGGCAGUCUCAGUGGGUUCUUAAGUAUAGAUUCCCUUCAGUUGGGUUCGCUCAGCGUAAAGCGACAAACGUUUGGAGAAGCGACAAAACAACCAGGAUUGGUUUUCGUCAUGGCGAAAUUCGAUGGUAUCCUUGGUAUGGCCUACCCCUCAAUUUCUGUGGAUGGUGUUACUCCUGUAUUCGUAAACAUGAUCCAGCAAGGUAUAGUUGAAUCCCCAGUGUUCUCCUUCUAUCUCAGCAGGAAUAUAUCAGCUGUACUGGGUGGUGAACUGAUGAUUGGUGGUAUCGAUGACAAGUAUUAUACUGGUGAAAUCAACUAUGUGGACUUAAUCGAACAGUCCUAUUGGUUGUUCAAAAUGGACAAAUUGACUACUUCAGAUAUAACGGUUUGUCCUGACGGAUGUCUGGCUAUUGCCGAUACUGGCACUUCGAUGAUCGCCGGUCCAACUGACGAAAUACAAAAAAUUAAUGCAAGGCUCGGAGCCACUCGUCUACCUGGUGGUAUUUAUACCGUUUCUUGUGGUAAUAUAAACAAUCUCCCAACGAUUGAUUUUGUAAUCAACGGAAAACCUAUGACAUUAGAACCUACAGAUUAUUUAGUGAAAGCAUCAUACCGACUUUUAGGCAUAACAUUCACGUAUUCAGCUUUCAGUCGAACCACUUCAAAUUCAGAAGCUGACUGAGCUUUUCUUGCUUGCCUAGAAUAGGAAGUGAAAAAUAUCUAACUAUGAACUAUACACUUUUUGUGAAAAUCCGUACGUUAUUCAUGAGUAACACAGAUUUUACUUGUUUUUAUUGAAGGAUAUAAAUAAA